GCGGCGACUGUGGUGGGAAGAAGGAGAUGUUGGACGUGCUGGCCUUUCGCCGCUGUACAUUACAGCCUCAUCUCAGCUCAAAAUGAACUAUAUGCCCGGCACCGCCAGCCUCAUCGAGGACAUCAACAAAAAGCACUUGGUCCUACUUCGAGAUGGAAGGACACUUAUAGGCUUUUUAAGAAGUAUUGAUCAAUUUGCUAACUUAGUGCUACAUCAGACUGUGGAGCGUAUUCAUGUGGGCAAAAAAUAUGGUGAUAUUCCUCGAGGAAUUUUUGUGGUCAGAGGAGAAAAUGUGGUCUUACUAGGAGAAAUAGACUUGGAAAAGGAGAGUGAUACACCCCUCCAGCAAGUGUCUAUUGAAGAAAUCUUAGAAGAACAGAGGGUGGAACAACAGACCAAGCUAGAAGCAGAGGAGCUGAAAGUUCAGGCCCUUAAAGAUCCGGGUCUGUCAAUUCCUAGAGCAGAUACUCUUGAUGAGUAUUAA